AUGAUUUUUAAAAUUUUUCUCUUUUAUUUUUUUUUCGCUUCUUUGAAUCACCUGCGUAUAGUAUUAGAUAUAGCUGUUUAUGCGAGGACUUCAAGAAAUAAAAUCCAAUUAAUUUAUGGCGGUCAACCGUUCAUUUUUGAAAAAAUACUAAAACUAGCAAACGGACAAGAAAAAAAAUAUUGGCGUUGUAACCAAUGGUGGAAUCAAAAAUGUCGAUCACGAGUUUAUACAAUCAACGAUGUCGUUACACCACUAAACCGAUAUCAUACCCAUGAGGAGAUAAUUAAAAGAAAAAAACGUGCUCGAAAAAUUAAAAUAAAUCCGGAAAUAGAUACAAAUUCGGAAAUGGGUGUAAAACAAGAAGUUAUAACAGUUUGGCAAACGGAAAAAUAAAAACACAAAUCUAAUAAGUUUUUAAAAUAAACAAAUCUAAUAUUUUUUUGUAGUACAUGUUAAGUUAUGAAGAGUAUCAACAUAAAAUUCGGAAAGGAAAAAAAUUUUGAAAGUUGUCAUAAAAAAUUUUUAAAUAUAUUUUAAAAUUAAAAAAACAGAACUUUCAUAAUACAUAUUAUUUAUUUUAUAAGUUAGCUAUCACAAACAAAAUAUGAUUUAUAUAAACUAAUGAUAAACAAUAAUAUUCAUCUCAUAAAUAAAAAACUUUCAUUAAAAUAAUAAAAAAAUUAUUAUUAUGAAAUUCCUUUCAAAUGAUAAUUAAGCACCAAUAUAAUUCUUUUUAUAAGAAUUAAAAACUAAAUUAAGCUUCUUUAGAACAUAAAAUCAAAAGAUUUUAAAAUUAAAGUAACCAAGACUCAAAAAUGCGCUAAGAACGUAAAUUCUAAAAAGUAUUAACAGGAUACUUUUUAUUAAAGCUUUUCACAUUGUACAUUGUUCAAAAAUGUUUCAUAUACAUAUUGGGCACGUAAAAUAAAAGAAAACCAGUUACUGAAAAAAUUACUGGAAAUAAACAAUUAAUGAAAAUAAUGUAAUUUUCAGCAAUUAAGUGGUAAUUUAGAAUAUUUAGAUUUUUUUCUAAAAUUUAAUAUAAAAAUACUUUGUUUUAUGAAAUAUGUAUAAAUAUUGUAAAAUCUUUAAAACGUCCCAAAAGUAUGUUUUUACUAUGUAGGUGAAAAGAUUUAAGAUGUACUAAAAUUUAUUUAAAGCAUUUUUGAACAGACCCUUAAAACUACUGAAAGUUCUUCUUAAAGUAUUUGAUGAAAACAUCGAUAAAUGAAGUUGAAUUUUAAAAAAAUUUUUCAAAAAUAUUGAAUAUUUUCCUCAAAUAGCAAUCUACAGUUUUUCAGAUGUGUAAAAGAAAAUAUCCUUCCCUUCAGAAAAAAAUUCAGUUGGUGCUUAUACAUUUAUAUAUUUCAUACGUACCAUAUAACUUUUAUCAAAGUUGAUUUUAUUCUUAAAUUUUCCUUUAAAAAAUUUAAUAAAAAAACACUAUAAAAAAAUUGUAAAAAAUAUCUCAAUAUUGUCCAUUGCAACUAUUCGACUGUAAAAAAGUCAAA